AUGUCGCCCUCGGUGCAGAAAAGUCAGUUCAAGCUGCUUCAGCAGUUUAAGCCUGACUAUUCCGCGAGCGAGUUUACAGAGUAUGAGUCCCAACGCACCGGUAUGCGGGUCGUGGUCAUCGACCAGAAGGGCCCUAAGGUGAAUGGGUAUUUUGUGCUUGCCACUGAGAUCCAUGAUGACUCGGGUGCUCCCCACACCCUGGAGCAUCUGUGCUUCAUGGGCUCUCGUAACUACCGGUACAAGGGCUUCUUGGACAAGCUGGCCACCCGGGUAUACUCCAGUACCAAUGCCUGGACAGCCACGGACCACACAGCCUACACUCUCGACACAGCAGGUUGGGAGGGCUUUGCUCGCAUCCUGCCCGUCUAUCUGGAGCAUGUCAUUGCUCCAACGCUGACGGAUGAGGGCUGCUAUACCGAAGUGCACCACAUCGAUGGUACUGGAAAUGAUGCCGGUGUUGUGUAUUCGGAGAUGCAGGGUGUACAGAACAAUGCGGCUGAGCUGAUCGACCUGGCAGCUCGACGUGCGACUUAUCCCCAGGGUGUCGGGUUCCGGUACGAGACUGGUGGCAUGAUGGAGCAGCUUCGUGUUCUGACCGCUGAGCGGAUUCGAGAGUUCCACCGUGAGAUGUAUCAGCCCAAGAACCUCUGCUUGAUCAUUACGGGCGAGGUCGACCAGAAUAACAUGCUGGAGAUCUUGGACAAGUUCGAAGACACUAUCCUGGAUGUCAUUCCAAGCCCAGAUGCACCUUUCACUAGACCCUGGACAGAUUCUAAGCGGGCCCCGGCCCUGGAGAAAUCGACCAUCCAGAAAGUCGAAUUCCCUGAGGAGGACGAGUCGUUUGGCGAAAUCGAGAUCCGCUUCCUCGGACCUGAUUGCAACGACCCUAUCCAAUCUGGCGCUUUGAAUGUGGCCCUCUUGUAUCUGGCAGGGUCAUCUGCAUCUCUGCUGGAGAACACAAUUGUCGAGAAGGAACAGAUCGCCAGUGCCGUCUACUAUGCAACGGAGGAUCAUCCUAGCAUCGAGAUUCGCUUCACGCUGACCAGUGUGGAGACCGACAAACUCGAGAAGGUGGAGAACAGAUUCUUUGAGAUUCUGAAGGAUGCAAUGAACAAGCCGCUGGACUUGAAGUACUUGAAAGAGUGCAUUGACCGCCAGCGCCGUACCUGGAAGUUUUCGACUGAGAACUCCGCCUCGUCGUUUGCAGAGUAUGUUAUCACCGACUUCCUGUUCGGAAAGAGGGAUGGCUCUACCAUGCGGGAUGUGGCGACUCUGAAAGAAUACGACGCGCUCGAGCACUGGGAUGAGGAUCAAUGGCGGUCGUUUAUCAAGAAGUGGAUUGCGGACGCAAACCACGUUUCUAUUCUGGGUGUUCCCUCGCUGAAGCUGUCUGACAAGCUGAAGAGUGACGAAGAGGCUCGGGUCGCUGCUCAGAAGGAGCGUCUCGGCGAGAAGGGUCUGAAGGAGCUGACUGACAAGUUGGAGAAGGCCAAGGCCGAGAACGACAAGGAAAUUCCGGAGGAGAUCCUGGCCAAGUUUGCCAUCCCUGGUACCGAGUCCAUUCAUUUCACAAACACCAUCACGGCCCGUUCAGGCGCUGCUCUGAAGGCUGGUCAUCCCGACCACCCGAUCCAGAAGCAAGUCGAUGCCGAUGAUGCGGGCCAGCCUCUUUUCAUCCACUUUGAGCAUAUCCCCAGCAGCUUUGUGCAGCUUUCUGUUCUCAUCUCGGCGCAGUCUAUUCCCCUCCAGCUGCGUCCCUUGCUGUCGAUCUACACUGAGGCUUUCUUCAACAUCCCAGUCCAGCGUGAUGGCCAGAUAAUCAACUUUGAGCAGGUCGUCGUUGAGCUGGAGAAGGACACUGUCGGGUACGGAAUGGACACUGGUCGCGCCCUCGGCAACUCGGAAAUGCUGCGUCUUUCCUUCCAGGUGGAGCGUGAGAAGUAUCAGACUGCCAUUGCAUGGCUGCAGGAGCUAUGCUGGAACACCAUCUUCGAUGUGGACAGACUUCGUGCCAUCACUACCCGCCUUCUGGCCGACGUGCCCGACUCCAAGCGUAGUGGUGAUGACAUGCUUGCGGCAGUUCAUGUCAUGGUCCACUAUGCCCAGGAAUCUAUUGCCCGGGCUCGCUCGACCCUGGUCAAGGCACGCUACCUGAAGCGUGUCAAGCGCCUUCUCGCCGAGCAGCCUGAAGAAAUCGUCAAUCGCAUGGAGGAGAUCCGCAAGUCGCUAUUCCAGCCCGAGAAUGUCCGGGUCGUGGUUAUUGCCGACCUUGAGAAGUUGCCUCGCCCUGUCUCUUCCUGGAAGCCGUUCGCGGAGCGCAUGGGAACCAGCGACAACUUGAAGCCCAUUACUGACCGCCGCGCGCUGCUGAGCGACGCGGGCAAGACCAUCGGCGGCCACUCGUACAUCGUCCCUAUGCCGACUGUUGACUCAUCCUAUGCCUAUGCUACGGCUCGGGGUCUUGAUUCCUACGACCACCCUAAGCUUCCCUCACUGCUGGUUGCCAUUGCUUACAUGAAUGCCGUGGAGGGUCCCCUCUGGGUUGCUGUCCGCGGCAAGGGUCUGGCAUACGGCACCAACUUCGCUUAUAACAUCGAUACUAGCUUCGUCAACUUCGAUGUCUAUCGGUCCCCCAAUGCGCACAAGGCGUUCGAAGCCAGCAAGCAGAUUGUUGAGGACCACCUGUCUGGUGCCAGUCCUUUCGAUCCUCUCAUGCUGGAGGGCGCUAUCAGCAGCAUCGUCGUGGGCUUCGCCAACGAGCAGAUGACUGCUGCUAGCGCGGCUCAGGGCAGUUUCAUCCGCCAGGUCGUGCGAAAUCUGCCCAGCGACUACAAGGAGAAGAUGCUUAAGAAGGUGCGGGGUAUUAGUGUUGAGGAGGUGAAAGAUGCUCUGCGUGAGAUCAUCUUGCCUCUAUUCGCGCCGAAGACCGCCAACCUCGUUGUCACUUGCGCUACUGUUCUGGAGGAGCCUCUCAAGCAAGGCUUUGAAUCCAUCGGAUUCACCCCGACUGUCCAGUCCCUCAAGGAAUUCGAGGAUGACUAUGGCCUCAAGCUCGGUGAUGAGAAUGAAGAGGAAGAGGAAGAGGAAGAGGAAGAGGAAGACGAUGAUGACGAGGAAGAUGAUGAGUCCGGAUCUGAAGAGGAGGAGAGUGAUGAAGAUGACGAGUGA